AUGGCUGACCUCAUCCAAUUCCCAAGAGGAUUUGGAGAACAGGACAUUGCCGCCUGGGGCACGACAGGCUUGGUGUGCCUUGAUGCGGCCUCCCAGACGGUUAUAAAGACCCCUCACAAUAAUGGCAAUUGCCGCAGAGUCCAGGUGGAGAAGACGAUAUACGAGCGGUUCGACCAGCGAGGCGGGCAUAAUUCAGGCAUCCGCCUUGAACUCGCUCCAAAUUGGAACCUCUCAUCAUUCCUUCGCAGACACCCUGAGAUUGGAAUUGAGCAGGGACUACGUUGGGCACGUCAGGUUACAGAUGCUCUCUGUUUUGUUCAUGCUGCAAACGUUAUUCAUAGAGACUUGACUCUAAACAACGUCUUCUUAACCCAAGAUCUUGACAUAAAGCUUGCAGAUUUUAGUGGCUCUUCUCUAGACAGCUCUAACCUGCUGGUUUCAAUACACGCCAGCCACCGGUACCCUGGACCCCUGCUGUCCACCAAUGCUGACAUCUUCUCUCUUGGCUCUGUGCAUUACACCAUCAUGACGGGAAAACUACCAUAUCAAGAUCUGUCCGAAGAUGUCACGGCUCUGUUCAAAGAGGGCAAAUUUCCCGAAACAGACACACUUAGACCGUUGAGGGCAAUUAUCAGAAAAUGCUGGCAAGUUAAAUACAAGAGUGUUGCCGACGUGUACAAGGAUAUCAAAGGUAUGACAUUUGAUAUCCGUGUACGAAUGUAUUAA